AUGGCGGCUUAUGCAGCUGUGGUUUCUCUUACGCAUACUAUAGAUCAGAUCGAGCAUCAUCCUUCGCCUCCGAUUUCUCUCGACAAACAACAACUUCAAUCCCUCACUGAAAAAGUCAACUUCUUGCAGGAAUUUCUCGAAGGCUAUAAUUCCCCUGUGGCCGACAGCGAGGAAGCAGAUCCUUUGGAGAUUCACAUUGCAGAUGCAGCAUAUGCGGCUGAAGAUGUGAUCGAGUCCUUAAUAGUCGACAGCAUUCAGCUCGCUGCAGCAAAAGCUCGUGAUGAUGAUGAGCAAAUUCAAGUCGAACAAAACAGAUGCAUCCAGUUCUAUCAAGAUAUGCAGAAAGUGAUAGAAGAAAUGGAAGUGAUAACGAAAGAGGUGAGAGAAAUGGCUAGAGAGAAGGUUGCGGACGAAGCUCAUCAGCUGCAGAGAAACGUGUCCUCUGAUGGUGGGAGGAAGAGUCUCAUGGUGGGGUUUGAUGAUGUGUUUCUUCAACUCUUGGAUAGGCUCACGGGAGGAAACACCAAUCGCCAAAUCAUUCCUGUUGUAGGGAUGGGCGGCAUAGGUAAGACUACUCUUGCCCGUAAUAUAUUUGACAAUGCGCUUGUUAAGGAGCAUUUUGAUAUUUGCGCUUGGACUACGAUUUCUCAAACUUAUAAUGUCAGAGAAACACUUAGAGAAGUUCUUUCUCAAGCAAGUGGGGAUUCAGAUAGUGAUCUGAGUGAGGCCGGAUUGGGAGAAAAAUUAUACAAGUAUUUGUCGUGUAGGAGGUAUCUCAUAAUAAUGGAUGAUAUGUGGAAUGUAGAGGUGUGGGACAAGAUGAGGUUUUUCUUUCCUAACUAUAAUGAUGGGAGUCGAAUAAUAGUAACAACUAGGAUGUCAAACUUGGCUGCCAAGUUGAGUGAGUCUUAUAGAGUUGGUAUGAAAUUUCUGGAUGAGGCUAGUAGUUGGGAUUUGUUUUCCAAAACUGUAUUUGGGGAUGAAGAUUUUCCUCUUCAACUUGAGGAAAUUGGAAAGAAAAUCGUGGAAAAGUGUGAUGGACUUCCUCUGUCAAUUGUUGUGAUUGGAGGCCUUUUGGCAAAAUCCCAACAUAAGCUACAACAUUGGGAGCAUAUAGAGAAAAACUUAAGUUCAAUAGUGAAUUCAGAGGAUGGUGAAUGUUGCUUGAGAAUAUUGAAGAUGAGCUAUGACAAUUUACCUGCCUAUCUGAAGCCUUGUUUUCUAUAUAUGGGAGUGUUUGGGGAAGAUGAGGAAAUUAAAGUCUCAAAACUCAUCAAGCAAUGGGUUUCUGAAGGUUUUCUUAAACCAGUAGUCAAUAAAAGCUUGGAAACAGUUGCCAAAGAGUAUUUGAAGGAGUUAGUUGAUAGAAACCUUAUUCUAGUUCACAAGUUAGGCUUACUUGGGAAUAUAAAGUCCUGCAAAAUUCAUGAUUUACUGAGAGAUCUAGCUUUGAAAGAAGCUCAAAAGCAGAGGUUUUAUUAUGUCUUAAGGCAACAUAGUCCUCGAGGCAUACAUAGCCAACGCCGCAUUGUUAUUCCCAAAAACAUGACUUCAGCUGAGAAGGUGUGGGAUGCCUUGAAAUCUAUGUCUCUUGCUCGUUCUUUCAUAUGUCAUGAUGAUAUAGCUCUGCAGUUGCUAGAUUUUAGAUUGUUGAGGACACUGAAUACAUAUGAGGGUUUCCCUGAGUGUUUGGAUGAGUAUUUUCUAGAAAAUGUGUCUCAAUUGGUGAACCUGAGGUACAUUUGGGUUGGAGUUUUUGGGGCGUCCCCGUCCCCAAUCCCCUCUUCAAUCAGUCUGCUCUGGAAUUUGCAUACACUAAUUCUUUUUUCUACGAAUGAACUUACUGUACCAAUAGAAAUUUGGAAAAUGCAUCAGCUUAAGCAUGUCGAGUCCGUAGCUUCGGGAAUGUAUCUUCCAGAUCCUCCGAGUGAUGUUGUUGUAAUGGAGAAUCUCGAGACGCUUAGAGGAGUGAAUGAUUUCAACUUGAAUGAAGGAGUGGUUAAAAGAAUUCUGAAUAUCAAGAAAUUGUACAUAAGGUACGAGGAUAAACAAAUGGACAAAGAGGUGUGUCUCAACUAUCUGGAAUGUCUGAGUAAGCUGGAAACGUUGUGGUGCUAUACUGGAGGUGGAUGUGGUGAGUAUCUGCAGAGGAUUGGCUUCCCACACUCACUCAAGAAGUUGUCUCUCGUAUGCGGAAGCUUCCAUGAUUUGGCGGAAAUUCUGGGAAAGAUAGGUUGGUUACCACUUCUUGAGAAGCUCAAACUGAGAGAUGGGCAAUUUGCAACGCGCAGGUGGGAAAUAGUUGAAGGCCAAUUCCCCUGCCUCAAAUUCUUGUCAUUGAACUCAUGUGCUGAUAUGGAAUGCUGGACGUUAGAGGGCUCUUGCUUGACACGCCUUGAGGAACUUCAUCUCGUAAACAUGUGGUCGUUGGAGGUGUUCCCUUCAGAAAUUGGAGAAUUACCAACGCUCCGAUCAAUUGAAUUGGAACAUUGCAGUGAAUCAAUGGCGGUGUCUUUGAAAAACAUGGUAGAAGAGCAAGAAGAUUUACAAGGGGAACCAUCCUUUCAUGUUCGAGUUGUGUCAGGCAAGAUCAGCCAAGAACUGCGGAGCUUGGCAACUCCCAACUUUCGUGUUGUCGAGGAAGAAGCUUGUACUUUGAUGUAG